ACGGACGUCCAUGACGUGAUCACGUUCUGUAACUUCCUGUACACGCAGGGUCCGUACGACAAAUAGUCCGCUGUUCUGGUUCAGAAGGCCAAAUAGCGACGUAUCGCUUUGAAGCCAGGAUGGCUGCAACAUUGCGUUUACUUCACUCUGUGUCAAGGCCAGGCACUUUAGUGGCUAGCCAGAAUCUAGUGAGGUCCUUCAGCGUGUCUGCACAACGGGAAGGAUUCAAGUAUGUAAAUGCCCAGGAGAUCUCUACAGAUAUGAGGUCCAUCACAGACCGUGCUGCCCAGACGCUGCUGUGGACAGAGCUCUUCAGAGGUCUGGGCAUGACAAUGAGCUACCUGUUCAGAGAGCCCGCAACCAUCAACUACCCGUUUGAGAAGGGCCCACUGUCACCACGCUUCAGAGGAGAACACGCCCUGCGCAGGUAUCCUUCAGGGGAGGAACGCUGCAUCGCCUGCAAGCUGUGUGAAGCUAUCUGCCCUGCUCAGGCCAUCUCAAUUGAAGCAGAGACUCGUGCUGAUGGCAGCAGGAGGACGACUCGCUAUGACAUCGACAUGACCAAAUGUAUUUACUGCGGCUUCUGUCAGGAGGCGUGUCCUGUGGAUGCCAUUGUAGAGGGUCCUAACUUUGAGUUCUCCACUGAAACCCACGAGGAGCUGCUCUACAACAAGGAGAAGCUCCUAAACAAUGGAGACAAGUGGGAAGCAGAGAUAGCUGCCAACAUACAAGCUGAUUACCUUUACCGAUAGACCCCCCUACACACCACAAACACAGUGUACAGUUAGCACAUACCAAUAUAACCUGUCUGACACACAUACGUCCAUAGUGUACAUACUGUAAGAAUUCAGAUGCAGCUUUGGUGGAUGUGCUUCAGGGUGGAUUUGCCGAAAACAUUACAAUACAAAUACAUUUCCUGUGAUGUUAGUGUUGUCCCCUUCCGAUGUGAUGAAUAUACUUGGAUAUGUUCCUGAUUUUUACCUUGACAAUGUUCAGAUUCCGUAUUUAUUGUAAAAAAAAUAUGUAUAUGUAUACUACACUGGCUGUUGGUGUGACAAGUGUACAUCAGUCCAGCUGGCUCACCAUGGUCUGGUCUGUGUAUUUCUGUCUGAACAGUCCCUCUGGAAUAGAAAUGAAGGUGACUGGCUCAUGCUGGUAUUGCUGUACACUGAAAGCAGACUUCAUCCUGGGUUGAUUUUGAUUCUGAUGUCCCAUACAAGUAUACAUGGAUUAUUGUUAUUAUCAUGGGUGUCAGUGCAGAGUUUUAUGGUUUUUGUGCUGUCUCCACCUUGACUCAAAUAAUAAAAUUCUGAGAAAAACACUAAA